ACCCCUGCCCGCCCGGAGCCCGGAUGAAGAGUAACGCCAUUACAGCCGGAGCCGUCGAGAGCCCUUGCGGACGGGAACCGGACAGCGGAGCGGCCGCGCUAUGAAGUCCCUCCCCCGCCUGCUGCUGCUUUUCCUGCUGGUGUUACCCGCCACUCUCUUGCUCCGAGGCCGCCCUGGAGGCUCAUUGGCAGUGGCUCAAGAUCUUACGGAAGAUGAAGAAACGGUGGAGGAUUCUGUAAUUGAAGAUGAAGAUGAUGAAGCAGAAGUGGAAGAAGAUGAACCCACAGAUUUGGCUGAAGAUAAAGAGGAAGAAGACGUAUCUGGUGAACCUGAAGCUUCACCAAGUGCAGAUACAACCAUCCUGUUUGUGAAAGGAGAAGAUUUUCCAGCAAAUAACAUUGUGAAGUUCCUGGUAGGCUUUACAAACAAGGGUACAGAAGAUUUUGUCGUUGAAUCUCUAGAUGCCUCAUUCCGUUACCCUCAGGACUACCAGUUUUAUAUCCAGAAUUUCACGGCUCUUCCUCUGAACACUGUAGUGCCGCCGCAGAGACAGGCAACUUUUGAGUCCUCCUUCGUCCCCGCGGAGCCCAUGGGCGGGCGGCCCUUUGGUCUGGUCAUCAAUCUGAACUACAAAGAUUUGAAUGGCAAUGUUUUCCAAGAUGCUGUCUUCAAUCAAACAGUUACAGUUAUUGAGAGAGAAGAUGGACUAGAUGGAGAAACAAUCUUUAUGUAUAUGUUCCUUGCUGGUCUUGGGCUUUUGGUGGUGGUUGGCCUUCAUCAACUCCUAGAAUCUAGAAAGCGCAAGAGACCCAUACAGAAGGUAGAGACGGGUACCUCGAGUCAGAGUGAUGUUGACAUGAGCUGGAUUCCUCAGGAAACUUUGAAUCAGAUCAAUAAAGCUUCACCAAGAAGGUUGCCCAGGAAACGGGCACAGAAGAGAUCGGUGGGAUCUGAUGAGUAAAUGUUCUUUGUGCCACAAUUUGGUCUUUACUUAACCCGCCCUAAUGUUUUUCGGCCUGCUGGGAAUUAGUGCAGAGAAGCCAUAUCACCACAGACGGCAGCUACUACUUACGUGUGGACUGAGCCGUCGGAGUCUGUGGUGGUAACACUGCUGAAGAUGCGUGGCGUUUAUUUUUCUAAAGUAACAAAUUUGGUUUUUUUAAAACCAUUAAAAA